AAAAAAAAAAUUCAAGGGAAUAACAAACAACAAAAAAAAACUUUUUACACAAUAACAAGAAAUGGGAGACAUGGGAGAUCCACCCAAAAAAAAACGCCUUAUUUCACUGUGUGUUGGUUGUGGGAAUCAGAUUCAUGAUCAGUUCAUCCUUCGAGUUUCUCCGGAUCUAGAAUGGCAUGCAGCUUGUCUAAAAUGUGCAGAAUGUAACCAGUAUUUGGAUGAAACGUGUACCUGCUUCGUUAGGGAUGGCAAAACAUACUGCAAGAGAGACUAUAUUAGGUUAUACGGAACUAAAUGUGCAAAGUGUAACAUAGGAUUUAGUAAGAAUGACUUUGUGAUGAGAGCUCGCAGUAAGGUGUAUCACAUUGACUGCUUCCGCUGUGUGGCGUGCAGUCGCCAACUCAUCCCCGGCGAUGAAUUCGCGUUGCGGGAGGAUGGACUCUUCUGUCGGGCGGAUCACGACGUUGUAGAGAGGGCUUCGGUCGGCCCAGACCCCCUCAGCCCCAUGCACGGCAACAGACCCCUACAGAUGGCGGCAGAACCUAUUUCUGCCAGACAACCUGCCUUGAGGCCACAUGUUCAUAAACAGCCCGAGAAGACGACUCGGGUCCGGACAGUUCUGAACGAGAAACAGCUCCACACGUUACGGACUUGCUAUGCAGCCAACCCGCGGCCUGAUGCCCUUAUGAAGGAACAGCUCGUGGAGAUGACAGGCUUGAGCCCCCGUGUCAUUAGGGUCUGGUUUCAAAACAAGCGCUGCAAGGACAAAAAAAAGACUAUCCUGAUGAAACAACUGCAACAGCAGCAGCCCAACGACAAAACAAAUAUCCAGGGGAUGACAGGGACCCCAAUGGUGGCUGCCAGCCCAGAGAGACACGACAGCAGUUUGCAAGCCAAUCCAGUUGAGGUGCAGAGUUACCAACCGCCUUGGAAAGUCCUGAGUGACUUCGCACUGCAGAGUGAUAUAGAACAGCCUGCAUUUCAGCAACUGGUUAAUUUUUCAGAGGGAGGGCCAGGUUCUAACUCCACUGGAAGUGAAGUAGCGUCCAUGUCCUCCCAACUCCCUGACACACCAAACAGCAUGGUAGCGAGUCCUAUAGAAGCAUAAGAAGCCUGAACUCUUGAGUGCAGCACCUACAGAGAGCCACGAGGAACCCUGGAAUCUCAAUCUCUCUGGCCCCAAUACUCUUAGUAAACGUUAAUGCAACCUGGUCCAUGCCUGAGCAGAAAGCAGCCAUCAUCCAUUUGCACAAAGUCUCUGUAUUCAAAGAACCACUGUCGUACUCCAGUAACAUGGUGAAGACAAUCAGACACACACAAGUGAGAACUGGCUACAAGCUCAAAUACAAGAGACUCCUCAGGCAUCCGGCACUUCAAGCAAAGAUAUUAUUGAAGAUAUAUAUUAAAUAAAGGAUGUACGUUCCAGUGAUCCUGAGGAAUGUGAUUUGAAUGUCUUGAACACAAAAAAACGCAUAAGAUGUUCCAGUGGAGAGACUACAGUCCCAUCAUAUUCAAUGAUGCUGCAUAUAAAGGACAUCAGUGGGUCGGCCUUGCCAAAAAAAGAGUCCUAUACAUCUGCAAAAAGUGGACUGGAAAGACAAUCGGUGACAUGCAGAAUGUACCAAGCCUAAGUAGUUCAGUGACUGUCCUGUAGGAUCAGUUCUGAAAGGUAUAGUUGCAUUUUUGCAAUGCUUUUAGUUGACCUAUAACUAAGGACUAUUGGAUCUUAGAUCAUUAGCAUGUAGCUGGUUCGUGAAAUAACAGUCCCUGCAACAAAAAUAUGAAGGCAACUACUGAUAUUUCAUUUUUUUUUAUUUUUUAUUGACAAAGCUCAAGCAUUGCAACAAGGUAUACCUCUUUUUGCCACAGCUUCGUGGGAUUUGUGUGUGAACUCGUGUCCGUCCAGAAUUUUCCCAAAGAUGUGUACACUCCUUGGUUAAAACGGUUUUGAAAGGCGGUUUUAGCUCUGGAAAGAAACAUUUUGUUUGUUCUUGUACUGCAAAAAUUAUAAAUAAUUUAUUAUUUAUUGUCGACAGACUUGCCACUUUUUGUGUCUUUUGACAUUUUAUGUUUGCUGAAGUAAAAGAUGUA